AUGGCUGAGCCGAACAAUCUUCUAGCCCUUCUCCAGCGACCGUUGGAGCCCACAUUUUUGCCAAAAAAUGAGGGAAAAACAGUCAUUGACCUCCCCGACGAUUAUCUUACCGAUCGUUAUCGUCCUAUUGGUGCUGAACUGCAGUCGCGCUUUUCGGAGGAUGCUGAACAGAGGAUUCCGAUCCGUAGUGUUGCUCCCCCGGAUCUGUCGUUUGCAAACGGAAUCGAUCGACGAGGCGCAUUCUCGCUGUUUGUACCGAAACAUCGGGACGCCGCAGCGGCUUUGAUCACCUUGUUCAUAAACCAACCGGACAUAACCGCCCUGAUGAGUGUUGCCACCUACUGCCGUGAUCGGUUGAAUCCUGUGCUGUUCCAGUACGGUUUAGCCGUGGCUAUUCAACAUCGACCAGAUACGAAGGAUGUCAACAUCCCAUCGAUUGUUUCCCUAUUUCCGGAUCAGUUUGUAGACCCGGCUGUGUUUCCAAAACUGCGCGAAGAGGGAUCCGUUGUUCAGCAAGCUAAUAGAAUGGUAAUUGAUGUUCCACCGAACUACACCGCUUCCGAUCGAGAGGAGGAGCAGCGCCUAGCGUACUUCAGAGAAGAUAUCGGUGUCAAUAUGCACCAUUGGCACUGGCAUUUGGUAUAUCCUGGCGAUGGGCCAGAUGCCGUUGUGCGAAAGGAUCGUCGGGGAGAACUUUUUUAUUACAUGCACAGCCAACUGAUUGCACGUUUCAAUAUUGAACGGUUUUGCAAUCAGCUGGGUAGCGUCAAGCAUUUCAAUAACUACCGUGAGACUAUCCCACAAGCUUACUUCCCGAAAAUGAUUCGAAGUUCAAAUAAUCGCUCGUACCCUGGAAGACACGCCAAUAUAACAUUGCAGGAUGUGAAUCGUAUCGAUAACGAUACAAUAGUUCAGAUCAACGAUUUGGAACGUUGGCGUGAUCGGAUCCUGGAAGCAAUUGAUCAAGGAUUUGUACUUGAUCGCUCUGGAAACCAAAUCAGGCUCGACGAAGUGAAAGGAAUCGACAUCCUGGGUGACAUAAUAGAAGCUUCUAGUUUAACUCCCAACAGGCAGUUGUACGGAAGUCUGCAUAACAUGGGUCACAACGUGAUUGCAUACGUGCAUGAUCCAGAUUAUCGCUACUUGGAGGAUUAUGGAGUUAUGGGUGAUGUUACAACGGCAAUGCGCGAUCCCAUUUUCUACCGUUGGCAUGGUAUGAUUGAUGAAAUUUUCCGCCGUCAUAAAGAUCGCCUAGCUCCGUACACCGCUGCCCAGUUGUCAUUCCCUGGUGUCACGGUUAACUCUGUAGGUGUUCAGUUGAACCGUGCCAAUACACCGCCCAAUGUUUUGCUGACCUAUUGGCAGCGGUCACAAUUGGAUCUUGCUUCCGGACUGGAUUUUGGACCACAGGGUAAUGUAUUUGCAUCGUUCACCCAUCUACAGCAUGCUCCAUUUUCGUUCCGCGUGGAAGUCAACAACGAUACCGGGGAGAUGCGUCGUGGUACGCUGCGAAUUUGGAUCGCUCCCAAAGUGGACGAGCGUGGCACUCCUCUAUCGUUCCGUGAACAACGAUUAUAUUUCGUGGAAAUGGAUACCUCCACUGUAACUUUGAGCCCUGGUGUAAACACUAUCGUGCGUCGAUCGGAUCAAUCUAGCGUUACGAUUCCAUAUGAGCGUACCUUCCGUGCCGUUGGAUCAAGUUCGAUGCCCAGCGAUCCAAAAGCGCUGGCUCAAUUCCGCUUCUGUGGAUGUGGUUGGCCUCAACAUAUGUUAAUACCGAAAGGAGCUGCCGGUAAUGGUGUUCAAUUCGAUAUCUUUGCCAUGGUGUCGGACUAUACGAAUGAUGCUGUCGUUCAGCCAACCCAGCAAGAGGGACCAUGCGAUGAUGCUCACUCGUUCUGUGGCCUACGGGACAAACUCUAUCCGGACAAGCAAGCCAUGGGAUUCCCCUUCGAUCGGUCGACGCCGGCUGCGAUUGCCACCUUGCAGGACUUUAUCAGCCCCAAUUCCAAUAUGCGAACGGGAACCAUCCAGGUGAAGUUCAGCAACACAACCAUCGCUCGUACUUGA